GCCUGUCCUUGCUUGCGCCAUGAGCUUGGACGCUGGCAACAGUGAAGUGGCAUUAUGUUCGCCCAUGCCUGCCCCUGCCGACCCCGCAGCUUCGGACUCCGAGAUCCUAACGGAGCAAAGCGUGGAAGUCACCAUGUCCGACCGAAGUCCCCGCACCGGAGAGAUCCAAUUGGCAUCGCCGGACGUCACUCCCAAAUCUGUGGAGGCUGGCAGUCGUCGUUCGAACACCUUGGAUUCGUGCGCUGGCUCGCCGGAAGCGAACUCUGGCACGGAAGCCAACGACUUUUGCAUCGUCUCUGCCGAUGGUAGGACGAUCUCCGAGGAACACGAGACAGGCUGUCCCAGUGACCUGGAGAUUGCGUCCAGCGAGUCGCAGCCAGAUCUGGAGGAGGAGAUGCCCUUGCACUUCAAGAGCCGUUUGGAUGGCAAAGAGCAUUAUGGGCAGUUGAUCCGAAAUGUGGAGCUGCUGGGACGACGCUACCUGGUGGUGCGCACCGAACCCUCUGUGGAGGAUUCGCACCAAGGACUGAGAUCCAUCAUCCACGUCUUUGGCUUGGGCUACUUGAAUCCGCACCAUGACGACAUUGUGAUGUUGGACAGGCCCAAGGUGUCUGGAGAAAAUGGUGACCACAGUGAUGCGGAGGCGAAUCAGGACACGAAACUUUCCGCUGAGGGACGCACGGUGGAGGAGCCGGGGAUUUUUGUUCCAGACCAUUCGCGAUUUCGGCAGAAAGAGCUGCUGGGCAGUGGAGGCUUUGCUGAUGUCUACAGGUACGAGCAAUUGGAUGCUGAUGGUCGAGGGGUGGAAUCCUAUGCAGUCAAGGAAGUGGAUCUGCAAAUCUUGUCAUCGAGAGUGGGCGCUGACCAGGAGAGAUUGGUCCGAUGGGUUGCACGCCUGGAAUUUGAGGUGCGCAACCUGCUGAAGCUUCGUGGCCAUCCGGGCGUGGUGAAGGUGCAGGAUGCCUUUGCUUUCAGACGGAAAUUCUACAUCGUCAUGGAGUAUGUGAAUGGUACCGACCUUGGACGGAGGCUGAAAGGACGAGGUCGCCUUUCUGAGAUGGAAGCCCGUGGUCUCUUCGCCCAGAUGGCUGAAGCCCUUCGUCACAGCCAUGCCCUGGAUGUGGUACACCGGGACUUCAAACCGCACAACAUCCUGCUGGCCAGUCCGCUGCGACCUGGACAACCUGAUGUGGUGAAGCUGGUGGAUUUCGGCCUCAGCAAGGACAUCAGUGGAUGUUCCUCGGGCACUUCAACUCCCUUUCUGGGAACCAAGUACUACAGGGCGCCGGAGACGCGGCAUACGUUGCCGGGACAGGAGAACUAUGAUGCGGCCAAGGUGGAUGUGUUUGCCUUGGGCGUGACGUUGUACGUGAUGCUGGCAGGCUCCCACCCUCAAGAAGGUGAAGAGGUGAACGAACUUACCCUUCGCGGAGCGGCCUGGCAGCGUGUCAGCAAGGAGGCUCAGGAGCUGCUUCUGGGCUUGUUGAAACAUGAGCCGGAACAUCGACUGAGCUUGGAUGAUGUCAUCGAGCAUCCCUGGCUCAGCGCCAUUUGGGCCACCUCUGGAGAGAAUGAGGAACCUGGUGAUGCUGAGGAUCUUCCAGAUGAUGAAAUCGGCCCUGCCCCGCUGGGCCCCAUGGGCCCCAGCUUCCUGGCUGCCUUCCCGGAAGCCCCGGCCACGUCCUGCGCAGCCAAGAUCCCGGCCGAAGGUGGCAGCAGCCAUGGGAGCCCUGUGCAAUCCGCCGCCAACGCACCCGGCUGGGGAAAUGUGCUGUCUUGGCUACACGCAGAUGCGGCCUCAGCAGAAGCUCAGCAAGUGUUGUCGCAUGUGGGUGUGCCAGCUCCUCCCACUGUGGCCUUUGGUCGCGCGCCGUUGAUGAACCCAGGGAAGCGUCCGAUGGACAAGGAGAAGCGCGCAACUGUGCAGGAUUCCGAUGAUGCGGUAACUAAUGCUACUGCAGUUACGGAGGCAGAUCGGGAUUCUCCAGCAGCCGAAAAGUCGGAAGCUGCCCCCGCACCUGCGGGAGCUGCGGCACCUGCAGGGCGCAUCAAAUGGAUUUCUUGUGCCCCGCGCUUUGCAUCUGUGUGGCGCUUCGCACAGGCCGCCGCCGAGUCGCCAGCGCCUUCGCCGGCACCCUCGCCGGCGCCAUCCUUGCCACCGUCGCCGUCCCCAUCUCCGCCUCAGAUGGGAGAUCAGGGCGAACACAGCGCCCGCGGCGACGCCCGGGGCGACGCCCGUGGCGAUGGGAGAAGUGCGCGCGAUGGAAACACCUCGGUGGCUCCAUCCAGUAGCUCCAUGGCUGAGUACCGUGGAGCAGAACGUGAUUCAGUGAUCGGAUUUGUACAGGCUCCAAGGAAACUUGCAGUGGAUGGUUCUAUGGUUACCAUCACUCGUUUCCAGCGAGGCACCCGCCACCGGCCUUGGGGCUUUAUCUCGGAGACUUGUAGGAAAGUCGGCUUCACGAGCCGGGAGGAAGCAAUGAGAGCUGCAGAAGAUGCACUGCUGGGGCGGCAGGCGCGGGGAACGCCCCAGGCUGGGAGGUUGCCAUCCGGUGCAUCUGCCGAUCCCGACCUCCCAACCCGGCGGUGACCUGUAGGAGGUCUGAGAAAUUCGAACUUGGUGAUUUGGCGACGCACAGAUCGUGACGGAGUUUUCUAUCAACUGGUCCAUUUCUGGUCCAUUUCUGGUCCAUUUUUCUGUGAGACUUGACGCAGUUUUCUUCGACCCGUGUUAGAUGCUGAAUCUUGAUAGCUUGGAUCAGUCAGAGAGAGAAGAUCUGGAAGUGCAAUGCCCCCAUUGCUGCCGGAGUUUGCGCCCCGCCAACGGACACGCCUGGCCAUUCUUUUUGUGACAGCGAUGAAGUCCUUGAGAUAUGCUGGGGAAAGGGUAGAAUGUGGAGGGCCGUCGCAUUCUUCCCAUUCUUCCCAUUUUUAGUGCGAGAGUGAGACACCAAACAGAGUAACAAAUUGAGUUGUUCAACGGCCGGACAUUUGGCUGAACUCACAUUGAAAUUGUCCAGGCUGAUGGCUGAUGGGAGAAGAAGACGGACAAAGAUGACGUGUCGGCCAAUUGAGGCAGUUUGGAAAUAUUAUCACCAGUUUCGAAAGAGAUACCUGUUCUGGGGCAUCCCUUGACAUUUUCAGAUUGUGUUUCUCCAACGGUUUUUGGGAACUUAAACCACAGUGACGGCCAAACAGCAAAGGUUUUUGUCCCUGAACGGAGCUGGUAACGGCUUUCGGGAAAGGUUAGGGGUUCCAGAAGCUACCAAUAGGGGAUGUGAAAACUCUACCUCUUGCUUUCCCUCCAGACAAGUCGGUUGGAUUGCAAGGUCAAGGCCAAAGGUCAGGGAAAAAAGGUGCUUGAUGCAAAGAAAGCAAUAAUGCGCCGCAGAAUCCACAUGCGAGCGCCACUGAAACGAACAUGACAGGCAUCGGCUGUUGGUCACGCUGUUGUCCUAAGGCCAAUAGGGUGAUGAGAUGGCCAGUGGAGUUCGUGCAGGGAACGGUCUGAUGGUCGGAUGAGUUGGAUUCUCCACAGCGGUUCAGUUGGAGCCUCGCCCCGCCCCGCUGCGAUGCUGCAAUGCUGCAGCCAGGAAAGCCUCAGUUGAAAGCUGCACCCAGCUGCACCCAGCUGCAGCUGCACCCAGCUCCAAGUGUUGCGCCUGCCGUGACAGCUGAGAUCAGCUGAGCCUUGGGCCAGAGCUCCGGCGAUGUCAUGGCCUGUUUCUUUCCAAGUGGGGCUGUAUAUAGCUCUUUUGUAGCCUUCAUUCUGGGCCGUUCCUGCAGAAGAUGGACGGGCCAGUGUAUGAUAGUGUACCAGUAGUUGGCGAGACAGUGCAAGGAUGCUUUGGGACAAA